AUGGACGGCGAAGAAGGCAGCGGGAUACGGCUGAGCAAGAGAUUCAACGACGGAAAAGUCACCGGCGGCAGUCUAGAGGUCGAUUACAAGACGAAAUCCGGUACCGCUUGGAGCCACUCGUUCCUGAACCAGAAGCCAUGGCAUCCGCUUUCCUAUCCCAACCAGCGCCGCAAGUGGAUCGCCGAGCAGACUCACGCCCAACACGAUCGCAGAGCCGAAGAAGUUGCCCGCGAGUUUGCGCAAGAGCAGGAGUUCUUCAAGCAGGCGGCUCUCAUCUCGAAGAAAGAAAGAGAGAAGAUUGAAAUGAUGAAAGCUGUGAGUUUCAUGUAUGUUCGCCCACCUGGAUACGACCCUGAAAGUGCCAAAGCAGCAGAAUACGCGAGCGAGAAAGAGAAACACGAGGGUCAGAGUUCUUCAACUCAGGAUCCAAUGGCGGACGACAAUGGUGGUUCUAAACCAACAGAGGCACAAGCUGGGAGUGACCUUACAGGUAAAGAAAGGAAGAAGCAACGACCCAAAGAUGUGUUUGGGCGUUCACUUCCUACUGAAGAAGAAUUUGAUGUCCUUAAAAACGCACCAAGGCAUGAGACUGGUAUUGCUGGGAGAGCAAAGCCGUUUGGAGUUGAAUUGCGUAAUGUGAAAUGUCUGAGAUGCGGAAACUUUGGACACCAAAGUGGUGAUCGUGAUUGUCCAUUAAAGGAUGCAGUAAUGCCAAACGAAGAACUUCGGUUGAAAAGAGAUGAUCCAUUGACUGCUAUCAUCGCACAUACAGAUCCCGGCGAGCCUCUGAAGUGGGAGAUGAAACAAAAGCCGGGCUUGAGUCCUCCUCGUGGUGGUUUUGAUCCUGACGAUCCAAAUCAACAAAUUGUUGCUGAAGAUAUAUUUGACGAAUAUGGAGGGUUCCUUGAGGGCAGCAUCCCACUAGAAUUACUGAUGAGCAUGUCGUCGGAUAAGAAAAGAAAGUCCAAAAAGAACAAAAACCACAAGAAGCAUUCAUCUCGGACUGUUGAGGAAACUGAUGAGUCUUCCACAGGCUCAGAAGAUAGUAGAGAGAAGAGAGGAUCAAAGAAGAGCAAGAAACUUAAGAAGAAGAGCAAGAAGCAUUAUGAUUCUGAGUCACUCUCCUCUGAAGAUUCAGACUCUGACAGUUACCGCCCGAGUAGGAGUAGACACAACAAGCAUUAUGACGACGAGAAGAACCAGAAACAGAAGAAAAUGGUGGAUAUACCUUCUGUUUCAUCUGAUGAUGAUUCUGAUUAUUAUAGAAAGCACAGUAGUAGAAAGAAGAGACCAGAAGAUGAUUACAAAAGUCACCACAGGGAAAGAAAGAACGAUCCAGUUUCAGAAAAAGGUCAGAGACCUGACAAUUUGGAGUCUGGGAAGCUUCAUAGUGUCGAGAAGAAGAAGAGAUAUGAUGAGAGAAGACACAGAAACGUUGAUAUGGAGUCUGAGAAGCGUCACAGAUCCGAGAAGAAACCAAGAUAUGACGAUCGUGAUUCCGAGAGACAUCAAAGGAGUGUGAAGGGCAAAGAAAAGCAUGUGUAUGAUGAUGCAUCUGAUGAUCCUGGAGGGUUUUCUGAUAGGUACAGAAGCACGAAGAAAUCAGAAUCCGAAUCGGAAUCGAACCGUAGAAGUAGAAAGAAGCAGCAGACGCAUGAGUUGUCAUCGGAAGAAGAAGAAGAAAAGUCUAGUAAGCAUCGAUAUAGCAAGAACCGAAGGAGAAACUGA